AUGGAAAGCCGAGAUUUCGCUCCUCCGCACCACCUCCUGACGGAGCGGAGCGCGUUGGUUCACAGCGCCGCGUCUCGGAUGGCGCCAGGCGGCCACGGCUCCGUGCAGCACCCCGCUCACUUCCAGCCCGGGAAAUACUACUCAUCCCACCUCUCCAUGGCUCCGCACUCAGGUGCUUCCUUCAUGGGAUCCUUCCUGGCCAGCAGUCUGGGGUCCCCGCCUUCCCACCCUCCUCACCCCUCUGGACCUGCUGCCUCCCCCUCCUCCCCCUCCUAUAGGGCUGGACCCCAUUCGAGCGCUUCCCCUAUUUGGUUCCCCCAUUCGCAUGAAGGGUACCCCAGCUAUUCAGGAAGUCUUGCCUCUCCUUUUCUCCCCAUGAGUCCCCUGGAUCACCAUAGCAACGGUCUCUACGGACAGCACCGCUUCUAUGAAACUCAAAAAGAUCACUUCUACCUGAGAGGCCUUCCUCCUCAGCCCCCUCUGCUCUCCACCAAUCACAGCCUUCCCCCGUUGUCCAGGACUGCCCCAGGCCACCCACUUGGCUCUUGCAGCCGGGAGACGGACAAUGGGGGAGGAGGCGGGAAGAGCACCAAGGAUGCGGGUGAGAAAGGCGUUUCAUCUGUGUCGAAGGACAAGGAGCGAUCGAGCAGCAAGGAGCGGCACCAGGAGAGCAAAGACAAACAGCAUCAGCUCCACCAUCACCAUCCUCAUCAGAUGAAUCCUGCCACCACUCCAUCCAGUUACCACCACCAAGCUUACUCCCACCCUCAUCACGCCCUCCUUCCUCACCUCACACCCCAGGGCAGGGAGGAGGACCAUAGACAUUCUCUGGAGCGACACAAGGAGUACAGAGACGGUGACUCGGGCAGUCAGGGGACAAAACAUAUGACCGCCUGUAAACUGUCCAGUGGUUCGGGGCCAGACACUGGCUCUGGAGGAAAAGGAGGAGCACUGAGCAGCUGCAGCGGUGGUGGGGUGGCCAGACCUCCAUCUGGAGGUGGCAGGCGGUGCUCCAAGGAUGGACCCAUAAACGGGGAGAUGAGGAUCAGUGAAUCUUCAACUUCCUCCUCUGAAUGUAUGAGACGAGGGACGGCUGCAGCGACGGCCAUGCUGGCACCUCCGACCCCCCACUCUGUGGCCUCCUACUCGAUGCCGCCUCCCCCUCCCCCUCCGCCACCUCCGCCUCAUGCCUUGCACAUGGGCUCCACAGUCACAGGAGGGUGGAUACACCACGCACAUCACCAUCCUCAUCCAGAGUUUUACUGUUCCCCAGCCCCUCUUACACUGACGCCUUCCAAAGAUCCCGCAUCCACCCCUGGAGGGUCUGGCAGGGAGGCGAAAGUCAUUGGCCCAACGUAUGUGCCCUCAGUUGGGCCACUGGGAGACCUGGCAGCCCCUGACUGUCGUGGAGCAGGAGGAGGUGGGAGAAAGGGAGAUGAUAAGAGUGGAGAAGGAUCGUAUGAAAGUCCCUCUCAUCAUCUCAGCCGACUUAGCAGUUGUCAGAAGAAGGACAAAUCGCAGCCACACCAGCAGCAGCUGGGAUAUGGCAAAGCUGACAAACCUCCUGACUGGAGCCACCAGACGCAGAACUUCCACAAACCCAGCUCCAACAUGAGCUCUCAGCCUGAGCUGCGGUCCUGCAGCCUGGAAAGAUCUUCAUCCUUCAGAGAUGUCGAGGUUGUGGACGAUGUUUACCGGCCCUCACUCCCACUAGAUGCCCAGGGGACACACGGCACAUCCAAGAAUGGCGGCGAUACCAGCACUCCUCCCUUCAGGGACUGUUCCCACUCGGGUCCUCAUCCUGAUGGGAGGGUGGGAUCAGGGGCUCAGAGGGAGGGGCAAAAGGUUGCACGGAUAAGGCACCAGCAGCACAGCAGCCAUGGAGCUAGUACAGAAGAGAGGGGAAGAGAUGGAGGUCAGGCAGCACCUUCCUGGGGGGUUCGAGGGGGCCACCAAGAGGACCAGCGAAAAGGCUCCCAUCAUACAUCGGUUGGUAAUGAUGAAGUAAGAGGGCUCAGCAGCAGAGCUCCAAAUAGUGACCACAACCAGCCCCAUUCUCAACAGCCUCCACCUCUAUCCCGCUCCUCAUCGCACACCACUGAGGGUGAGGGCAGUGCCAUGAAGAACCUCAUGAACUACAGCUCCCAGCAGCCACUGAUGCUGCCACAGCGGAGCCCCUUUGGGGGUCUGGGCUGUCUCAAGCAGGGUGGAGAGAGAUCAGAGAAGGGGGACAGAGGAGGAGCUAAGAGCAACACCUCCCUGCAAGACCCUCAGAAACAGUCGCUCCCUCCUCGCCGAGGAUCCACUAACGAGGGAGAGAGGGGCGACAGAGGCGGGAAGGAGGCGGGGGACACAGGAGAGGGGGAGGUGCGACAGCCUCCGGUCGGUAUUGCCGUUGCGGUAGCCCGGCCACCCCACCGUUCCCCAGACAACACCCCUGGACACAGCAGACAGGGCAGGGUGCUGCCCAGCAUGAAAGGGGUUUCACGCCCCGUGUAUCCUCUUGGCCGGGAGGCAGAGGAGAGGAAGAGGAUGACCGAGGAGCAGAUCAGCCUCCAUCACCUGGACAGAGACAGAGAAAUAAUCAUCAGGGAAAACAAGGAUCGGGUGGAGUUCGCCAGGAUCCACCCUUCCAGUAGUUGCCACGGUGACCUGACCUCUCACCUCUUGGUCCCCGGAGGAGCCAACCAGCUAGGGGCGGACCCUGCUGCACACGCUCACCCAGCCCACCACCACUGGAUGCAGAGGACAGGAAGUCCCUCCCUCUGGAUGGGGCACUCGUACAGUCUGAGCCACGUGGGAAUGAGCCCCGGCUUCCCACCAGGUCUGCCCGGCCCUCUGCAGCCCGUCUUGGGGUCGCUCACCCAAGACCCUAACUCCCCGCUGGUGGUUCUUCCCACAGAGCCCGGGCCUCACCAUCAUCUCGACGUUCUGGAGCAGUCAGGUCUAUGGCCUCCCGUGUACGGAGGCCGGGGCCCCCCUCCUCACCUGCAGCAUCAUCCCGUCUACUCCCGCUCCUCAUUCCUACGGCAACAGGAGCUGUACGCCUUGCAGCAGCAGCAGCAGCAUCAGCACCAACAGCAGCAGCAGCGAGCCAUGGAGCACAUGCAGCGCCACUCCAUAGGACAGAGAAAACAUGAGGAGCAUGCUAUCACUAUAGAAGACUCUCCUCAUGAAUCGUCAGCAUCCCGAACUCCCCCCUCCUCUUCCUCCACCACCUCUUCUCACGCAGCCAAACCCUUCUCUCACACUCCUCCUCCACCGAAGACGCCCACGCCGUCUCCGGGGAUGUGUCCCACCAGCCGUCAGUCACCCUGCUACCACUCACCGUCCAGGCGCCCGCACCCGCCGAACCCUCUGACCCCUGCGCCGAGUCCGGCCGCGGCUGCGCCCCGCUCCCCGGCGCUCAGCCCCGCUCCUUCACACCUCUCCAAAGGGCUGGAGAGGGGCAGCGACAGAGGAGAGGGACAGCCACCUCAGGACUACCCACAGUCCCUAGAGCCAGGGGUCCUUGAGAAGUACAGGCGGAAGGAUACGCAUUCAUCUGGCUGCGCUGUCAGGGGGCGGAGGGAUACCAUCAAUAAUAAGAAUGCAGGGGUGACAGGGCCAGCGCUGCAAUCACAGGAUAUAUUAAACCAAUGCUCUCCCCUCUUUCUACCAGACUUGCCACCUGUAUACACCUACCCUCCAAUCACCAUGGGUUACAAGGCCGGGCCCUCGCCUGCUGAAGCCCGAUUGGCUGAACAAGCCAUGGUGGAGGCAGCGCCAGCAGAACCGGACUCAAAAUCCCUCCCUCAUCCAUGCCACGUCCAACCUCUCACCGAAGAAGAACAUGAGAGAAGGGAAGAAGACGACGGGGGAGACUGUGAAGUGGUGGAAUCUCAGAGUGGAGUUGAGGAGGAAGAGAAGGAAGAAAGGAGGGCGGAAGCAAAAGGAUGCUCUGUCUCCGAGCCUGAGAGCAAGAUUUCUGGAUUGCCGCCAUGCCCUUCCCCAGCUCCAGUCCCAGAUCCAGCCUGCCCGGCCACAGCCACAGGCAAAACCCUAAAAGUAGAGCUCUCUCUGGGUUAUCCAGGCCAGAAGGCCAGCCUGGAGGAGCCCCAGCUAUCCAAAGAGCAGGAGGAUGAGAGGGAACAUGGAAAAGAGGACAUGGAGCAGGAUGAGGGAGAGAAAAUGGAGCCUGACCCAACAGAAUGUACUGUGUCUGUGCCUGUAGAGCCUGAAGAGGAGGAGAAGGAGGAGGGAGAGGAGGAUGGGGACAAAGAAGGAGAGAAUGUAGAGGUGGUUGAAGAUGAGGAAGAAGAGGAGGGGAGUGGGAUAAGUCCAGGCAAGGACUUGGUGGAAGUAACGCGUAGCUCCCCUGCUCCGUCCCCGACCUCUGACCCCGUCCUCCCUCCUUCGGCAAGCACAGCAGCCCAGCUCCAAGGGGCCUACAUGUGGAGCCUGGAGCUCCUGAUUGCCGCGGCUCUGUGUGCCACCAGAGAUGCCUUGUACCCACCUGCACCUGCUGUCCAGGCCCCAAGUCCUCCGCCCCACCACGGUAUGGAGAUACUGGGAGAGCUGGCUGAGCUGGAGAUCCAGCAGAGGAGCAGGGAGAGCAAAGAGAAAGUCACUGAAGGUGAGGACAUGCUGACCUUUGACCUCCACAGUCUGGCGACGCUGGCGGCCGCCCGUGCCCUGGAGAUGGGGGGAGGGGCUGCGGAUGUGGGGGUGGACCAGCAGUGUCCAAUCAGGAAAAGGCUCAACCUGCGCAGGAAGUGCAGCUGGACGCCUCGCCACGAGCCGGUGUGCCCAGUGAAGGGCUCCAUGGAGACGAUGGGAGGGGAGGAGCUGGCCAUGCGUGUCCAGCUGGCUGAGCUACAGCGCCGCUACAAAGAGAAACAGAGAGAACUGGCCAAGCUACAGAGGAAACACGACCACCAGAAAGAGGAGACGUCUCGUAGCCCUGCCCGCCGGGGGCCCGGUCGCCCCCGCAAGCGCAAGUCCACCCCCGGCCCAGCUGCUGCAGAGACUUCCAAAAGACUCAGGUCAGAUUCACCUGCCUCAGACAUAGCUGCUAACAGAGUGUGUGUGUGUGUGUGCAUGCUGGCUGCCAGUGGUGUGAGAGAGCAUGCAUACAAUGAAGAGAGAGAGGAAGAGAGAGAGAGGAAGGGAGGAUCAAUAAUUAGCUGUUCCGCUCCCCAUCUACAGAUGAAAGCUUGCUGUAAGCACAGAGGUCGGCCCAGCACCCUGAGCUCCAGGCUGGCCAGGCGGGUCACCCAGCUGAAGCAGAAGGCUGCGGCCCAGCGUGGUGCACCGUCAGCAGGCACGCUGCACUGCAGAGGGGACCCUGGAGCAUCGGAGACGCCCAAGAGUCACUGCAGACAAGGAGGGAAAGUGUUGAUGGGUGUGGACCUGAACAGAGCUCAUCACAAGGACGGCCGGGCCUCUGAGAAACUGGAAGUUAGGGAAGAGAAGAGUGACAACGAGAGCUCAGAGCACGAGGAGGAGGAGGACGGCAGCUACGACAGCGAAGAUGGAGCCGGUGACACCAAGAUUGGCUCAUCCUCUAAAGAAACUCCUGCAAACCCUGCCGGGAUUGCACCUUUUUCUUCACAGUCCUCCAAGCUCCAAACAAACCAGAAAGCCAGGAGUAAGAGACCAGGGCCAACUACCUCAUAUUCAUGUAAUACCCCUUCAACCUCAGGCAUGGGGGGCGUGCCCAGUAUAGAUCACAGGAGAGCACCGAGAAGGCCGAGCCUCGCCAGCUCAGAGAGGAGACGUCCAGACCACCAGGGGACUAAAAGAGCAUCUCUGCCCAGCUGUGGCGUGUCAUCUGUGGGCUGCAGAUUUGGGAACGGCCGGGGGAACCACGGAGCUCUGACAGAAGCAAACAGGAGCUGCAAGGAAGCCGUGAAGAAGACCUCAGCAGGACAGGGCAUUCUGGGCAAGGUGCGUGUUUGCAUGCGUGCCUGCUGUGCUAACACACCACUGGCCCGUUGUAUUCAUGCAGGCAGCCGUUGGCGAGACACCCGCAUUCAUUUUAAUGAGAAAUGCCCCGAGGCCAAGGGCCACGCGGUGAGCCGACUCCUGCAGAGCUUUGCGGCUGAUGACGGCUUUCGCUUGGAUGAGGAAAGCAGCUUCUCUGAGGGAGAGGAGGAGGAGGAGGAGGAAGAAGAGGAGGAGGAAGAGGAGGAGGAGGAGGAGGAGGCAAAGGAGAAGAAGUCGAUCCACCUUCCUCCCAACAUGCCUUGCCGAAUACCCGCCCUGCCAAACUGUGUGCUGAGCAAAGAGAUGCUGGUGGACGGGCUGAAGAUCCUGAUCUCUAAGGAGGACGAGCUGCUGUACGCCGCCUGCGUCCAAACUCUGGAUCUGCCCGACAUAUUCAGUGUUGUCAUCGAGGGGGAGCGAGGGAAUCGCCCCAGGAUCUACUCGUUGGAGCAACUGCUACAGGAAGCUGUGUUAGACGUGCGGCCCCAGACUGAGGCCAUCCUGACCGCAGGGACGCGAGUUUGUGCCUACUGGAGCGAGCGCUCUCGCUGUCUUUACCCCGGAUAUGUCCACCGAGGAGGUCCGGGUGAGGCGGAGAAGGAGGGCAGUGUGAUGGUGGAGUUUGAUGACGGAGACAGAGGAAGGAUCUCCCUCCCAAACAUCAGACUCCUGCCCCCCGGAUACCAGAUCCGCUGUGCGGAACCCUCUCCCGCCCUUCUGAUCUCACCCGGUCGCCGCGGUCGACGAGGGUCCACGCAGGAGAAGAAAGAUACACCUACAGAAAAACCAGCCAAUGAGGAGCAAGCAGGGAGGCCCCAGGAGAAACGACCAGUUGGCAGACCGAAGAAAAUCCACUCAGUGCCUAAGACCGCCAGCGCGCCGACAUCAGUAACAGACACUGUAACCAAAAGCACCACUUCCUUGUUGAACUGGUCUGUGCCUAGGAAGAGGCCGCCGGUUGACUUCUUCCUCUUCAACGGGACGUCCCGUAAGACCCAGAGGAGAAUACGAGAGCGGGACUUGGGUUUGUUUCAUCGGCCCGCCUCCCACCCUCUUGCAGCUCCGACCCCCAUCAAAGGCAUCUUUGGCUCUCCUUUUGUAGUCGACUCAUUCAGUAGCAUUGCCAACGGCUACUCCACCUUCGGAAGCGGUGGAAGCUCUGGAGCCGGGCGACCCGUCACCUCAGUUGCUUCCAUGGGUCUCCGGGACUCCUCGUCCUCCUCUUCCUCCUCAGCUGUCACCAUGGCAAUGGCAGCUGGGAACAGGAAGCCAGUGAGCGAACGCGACAGGAAACAGUUCCUGGUGAAGCUUGACCAUGAAGGAGUGACAUCUCCUAAAACAAAGAACAGCAAGGCCUUGCUUCGACUCGGAGGGAGCGGAGGGAGAGUAGGAAAGAGCCUCGCCUCUGCAGGAGCACCACUACGAUACAUCCACCCGUCCCUCCUGGUGAAGGAUGGCAAGAAGGGAGGAGGGGAAAGAGACGGUGCUGGGGCCCGGUCUGAGGCUCUUCUAAAGGGCGCUCCACCUCUAAGAAAGGAUCUUCUGUCAGCUGGUCUCGGAGUCCAAGGUGGGGAUUACAGUUUGGACUACCCGAGCGACUGCCCCAGCUCCUACUCUGAGCUGGAUGAGGACGAUGAGGAUGAAGGCCAAGAUGCUGAUGCACGUAGUGCGGGAGUCCCACCUCACCGCGGUGGUCGUUUUCCCUCUCGUCUCUCCGUCUGCUUCACGUCAUCUUCUUCUUCCUCUUCCUCCUCCGGUUCCAUCUCCUCCUCGUCCCUCUGCUCCUCCGACAACGAUUCCUCCUACUCCUCUGAUGAAGAGUCGUCCUCUGUGCUGCUGCGCCGUGCACUGCUCCAGCAGGACAAACACAAGCACAGGCAGAACAUGACCUCCGACCUCCUAAACCCUGACCCUACCACCUCCAGCUCCUCUCCCUCUGCCUCUGCCUCAGCCCCUGCUCACGGCUACGUGGCUAAAGCCAGCAUGGCCGUCUCGGGGUCAAAGGUGAGGGCUGACAGAGCAGAAGACAGGAAGGAGUUCAUGUCCAAAGGAAGUAUGGUGGCUAACAGUAGCACAGCUAAGACCCAGCUAAAGAGGAAGGACGGGGUUCCUAACAGCCACCAUCAGAGCCAAAACAGUCCUGUGAGCCAGCAGCCGAAACCUUCCUCCAAGGACCCGGCAACAGCUAAGAGGCAGAGGAUGUCUUCACCUGAGCCUCUGCCCAACAUGGCUCCCCUGCUGCCUGGACGCCAGCUGUGGAAAUGGUCCGGCAACCCCACACAGAGGAGAGGUCUGAAGGGCAAAGCCCGCAAGCUUUUUUACAAGGCCAUUGUGCGGGGCAAGGAGACGGUGCGUGUCGGGGACUGCGCUGUGUUCCUGUCACCUGGCCGGCCACAGCUGCCCUACGUGGGCAGAGUGGAGAGCCUCUGGGAGUCGUGGAGCUCCAGCAUGGUGGUCAGGGUCAAGUGGUUCUACCACCCAGAGGAGACUCGCCUGGGGAAGCGACACCGCGAUGGCAAGAACGCCUUGUACCAGUCGAGCCACGAGGAUGAGAAUGACGUGCAGACCAUCUCCCAUCGCUGCCAGGUGGUCAGCAGGGCAGAGUACGAUCACCUGAUGCGCGAACGCAAGCCGGGCAACGCGGCAAACGACCUGUUCUACCUGGCCGGAACCUACGAACCAACCACAGGCCAGCUGAUCAGCGCAGACGGCAUGGCCAUCGUGUCCUAGCACCGGCAGCUAGAGAGAAAUCUAAAUACUGACCUGAGCUCUGGAGUUGACGGCCUUCAGGAUGGUCCUCCAGAGCAGAGCAGGGGGCAGACGGAAACCGAGAGUUUAGGCUCUGCGUACUGAUCUGUCCCCUGUAAGAGGAGGAGCUAGCCCACUGGAUAAAGCCCAGCAGUACUGGCACUUAAGAGGAGUCUGGUUCGUUCUGGGGAGAAGUCUGAUCCGUGUCAGAUUCAACCUGUUUAUCAGAUGUGGACUGUGGCUCCUUGUUGCAGCGAGAGUCUGAGGCCCGUCUCCGUGGCUGAAAGAGAAGAGCGUCUCACCACUGCGACAAGAUUACUGCAACAAACGAACAGGACCCGUGGACAUGAGCACUUUGGAGUACAGUAGCUUGGAUAUGCGAUGGAGGGGCGGCUGGCAGACUUGGCUUUCUGAGACAAAGACAGACUCAGAGAGCAGAGA